AUGCAUUUAACAACCGCUUUUCUGUCAGUUGCUUCGGCACUGGCAUUUGUUUGCUCGUCUGUAGUAGCAGCACCUCAAGCCGCAGGCUACCUCCUCUUGAACCCAACGAACGGACCUGCCAAGCUCAAGGCCCUUGCGGACAACGCUGACAAGAUCCCUAUCAACAGAAUUUUCUUGUCGUUUGCUCGUCCAGGCAUGGUCUAUGUACCUGGUUCUAACACUCUUGAGCACGUCGGGCUGAAUUAUGCUAACACGCCAGAUUUCGGAUUUGCCGACCUCAAAGAGAAAGUUACCAAACUUCAGGCCGGUGGCGUUGAAGUUUUCUUGUCAGUUGGAGGAUGGAACUACGGAUGCUUCCCGUACGUCUACACUUACUACUCCGUUGGUGGUUAUGGAACCAGCACCCCCAACUAUUGGAAAAUCAUUGAAAAUGGAGGAUCGCUUGCUUCUUGCACAGAAGCCAACAUGUGGUGUUACACCUGCGAACCCAAGAGCGAGAACACUACUUUGGCUGAUUUUGAUAUCUUCCCUGAGCCUUCCGAGUCGGCUACUUGGAAAGCUGCCCAGCAGUAUAUCGCAGCUGGUGCCGCAGCAGAGGCCCCUGUUUGGCAUCCCGAGAUGGUUCCAGGCAAGUCUUGGACCGAUACCAAGAACAAUAAAGUCAAUAUAGUUCCCGGUAGCAACUACUACCAGACUGUUAAUCGUGACCCCUACCAGGACUUGGUCUAUCUUGCUAAAGACCUUGGUCUUGUCGGAGUCGAUAUUGAUUAUGAGGAGAUGUGGCAUGCCGAUUACUUCAAGAGUGGUCCAUCCACUGGUCCAUGGACCUCUCAUCAAACCGUCUACAAAUAUGGUGCUAUCAUGAAGGAUGUUCUUAUCAACAUUCAGGCCAUCCAGCCAUCUUUGAAGCUUGCAACCGCUGCUUCUGCUGCUGGUGGUCUCUCGACCAACUGGUGGGGCGGUAACCUCAAGAACAUUUGGUAUAACCUGUUCAAGUGGUACCCUGACCUUUACAACGCCAUCGCCGAUAGUGGUGGAGUGAAUGUAAUGACUUAUGAUCUAUCCAACAACCAGCAAUAUCAUGAGUGUCCUGACACAGGCGUAUGCAGCUUGAGCCAGCAGGUCAUCUACUACAUGAACGGCUACGCUAACAACGGCCUGAAGGCUAUUGUCGGUUAUGAGAUCGGCAUUCCUGCCUAUCCAGACCCCACACAUGACCCUACCCAUCAGUUGCCUCUGACCCAAUCCGAGCUGACAGCCAUUCUGGCUGCCCAAGGUGCUAGAGGUGGCUUCUUUUGGGAAUUGUACAAGAAGGCUGGAAAUUCCAACAACGUUGAUGCCACUACUGCGGCACAGCAGAUAUGUAAGGCUGCUCUUGGCGCCAACACACCACGCUGCUCGGGUGUUAUCCCUCCAUUUGAUGGCACAACCCCCACCUCGACCGCCACUGUCACUCAGACGCAAACUAGGACUACGACCACGAGCACGCCUGGCCCCACCAACCCUACCUGUGCUGCUCCUGCCUGGGAAGCCGGCAAGGUUUACACUGGCGGCGCUGUCGUCUCGUACAAUGGUAAGCAGUAUACUGCUAUGUGGUGGACACAGGGCAAUGUUCCCUCCGCAGGUGCUCCAUGGAAGGACAAUGGUGUAUGCUCUGGAGGUAGCGUUCCCGGUAGUUCAUGCUCCGACAUUAACGCCUGGUCGACCUCGGCUGCUUACAACAGUGGUGCCAGGGUUACCUAUAACGGAUUCGUCUAUACUGCACAGUGGUGGACUCAAGGUGAUACACCCGGUAGUUCUUCUGUCUGGGUCAAAGGUGCAGCCUGCAGUGCUGCUCUUCGCCGCCGCCGUUACUAA